CAGCAAUCGACAAGACAAUAAUGGCACCGGUGGUCCCUGGCGCUGACGCGACGCCGCUGAACGUCGAAGAGUUUGAGACGUACGCGCGCACGUACCUCCCGAAGAAGACGCUCGACUACUACAUCUCGGGCGCCGACGACAUGGUGACGCUCAAGGAGAACCGCCUCGCCUUCACGCGCCUCAAGCUCAUGCCGCGCGUCCUCCGCGACGUGCGCAACAUUGACACAUCGACGACGCUCCUCGGGUCGCCGAUUGCGACGCCAGUCUGCAUCGCGCCCAGUGCCAUGCAGCGCAUGGCCCACCCGGACGGCGAGCUCGCGAGUUCGGCCGCCGCGGCUGCCAAGAAGACGUGCUACACGCUCAGCACGAUCAGCACAACGAGCCUCGAAGAUGUCGCAGUCUCGAACGGUGACGGCCUGCGCUGGUACCAGCUCUACGUCUUCAAGGAUCGUGAGCUCACGCGCGACUUGGUCGUUCGCGCCGAGAAGGCUGGCUACAAGGCGCUCGUGCUCACGGUCGACACGCCCAUCUUGGGGUCCCGCGAGCCCGACCACCGCAACAACUUUGCGUUGCCCAACCACUUGACGAUGGCCAACUUUACGCACGGCAAGCACGCGCACCGCAUGAACGAAGUCGGGCUCUCGCAGUACACGAAGGAGCUCUUUGACCUCAACAUUACGUGGAACGACGUCGCAUGGCUUCAGAGCAUCACGACGCUGCCCGUCGUCGUCAAGGGUAUUCUCACGCCCGAAGACGCUGUCAUGGCCUGCGACGUGGGCUGCAAGGGCAUCCUCGUCUCCAACCACGGCGCCCGGCAACUGGAUACGGUGCCGGCGACCAUCGAAGUGCUGCCCGCGAUUGUCGAGGCGGUCCAAGGCCGCGCCGAAGUCUACCUGGAUGGUGGUGUCCGCCGCGGUACUGAUGUCUUCAAGGCACUGGCACUUGGCGCCCGCGCCGUCUUCCUCGGCCGCCCGACGCUCUGGGGCUUGGCACACAGCGGCCAACAAGGUGUGGAGGACGUCAUUGACAUGCUCACGAGCGAGCUCGCGCACGCCAUGAUGUUUUCUGCGACGACGACGCUGGCCGACAUUGGCCCCAGCUAUGUCCGUCACGAAGCGUACUUUCGCCAAGCCGCCAAGUUGUGAUCGCGAAGUGUGGUGAUAAUGUAUACACACGUUUUGGUGCGUUGAUCAGUCAGAAACCUGCUUCAUUUGCAGUGGCCCAUCACGCGAUGCCCU